GGAUGAAAACACUGUACAAAACACAAAUUUUAUCGCAAAGAUUUCAUUACGUGUUCCAUCGAAACGUUUGAUAUUCAUCGCAUUUGUUUACGUUGAAUAAGAGAGAAUUUCGCUGUAUACAAAUAUCGAUUUUAUUGUCAGAUGGAUUUGAAUAGUAUUUGGAUUGUAGUUUUCUUUCAAAUUGCAUUUGUUGUCGGUCAAGAAACCGGAUCAAAUGAAGCCGGCAAAUCCUCAAAACUGUUGACCGAAAAGGCUUAUGCCCAACUAUUUCAAGAGCGAAGAAAAGAAAGCAAAAAUCUGCUGCAAAUCAUUCGCAAUGAAGGUGCUUACGAACGCAAAUACAAAUUGCUGGAAGGCGCUUAUGAAAAACUCUUGAAUAUUCUUCAGCAAACAAAGAAUAUAAUUCAAGGUGGCCGAUAUGAUCCAUUGGUUGACAAAUUUCCACCACAAGAUGUUCGUCUGUUUGAUGCGAUAACCGUGACUAUGGAAAAUACAUGCCUGUUUGGUGAAGUUAUUUUACACAAUCCAGAUAUAUCGUAUCGUGUGCUCGACUCGCAAUUGCUCGGCCCAGAUUGGAAAGACCUAAUCAAUUGGUGCAUAAAAUACACACGAAAGUUUAAUGAUCGUAUCAUCGAUGUCAAAAGUCAAGAGUUGCUGUGGCUCGUCGAACAAGAAAUCAAUCCAGAGAAACGUAGUGAAAACUUUACCAAUCCAUACCGAAAUGCUGGUCAACAAAAAGACACAACCAAAAAGAAGAAAAAAGCAAAGAAAAUCGAAAAAGGCCCACGCAUGGUGACGCGUGAUGAGUUUUAAAAUGAAACUUUCCAUUGUUUUUGCUUUUAUUGAAUUUAUAAAUAAAUUUCACUUUUUUAUUAUCGAAAACUUAAAA